AUACAUGAACUCGGUUACGAUGAUAUGAAUAUUGACGUUAUUCCAAAUUCAUGUGAAAAAUAUAUUACUUGUAGCAAACAAAUUAAAGAUGGUUUUUAUGUAAAGUUUGUAGACACAUUUAGAUUUAUGUCUGAAUCGUUAGCUAAUUUAACUAAUAAUUUAGCUAAAGAUAAAUCAAAAUUCCGUGAAACUAAAAAAUAUUUUUCCAAUAAUAAUUUAAAUUUAGUUAUUCGUAAAGGAGUUUUUCCUUAUGAGUAUAUCAAUUGUUGGGAAAAACUUAACGAAACUUCCUUACCACCGAAAUCUAAGUUUUAUAACUCAUUAACAGAUGAUCAUAUUUCUAAAAAAGAUUAUAUUCAUGCAUGCGAAGUUUGGAAAAAAUUUAAUAUAAAAACGAUAGGUGAAUAUAGUGAUUUAUAUUUAUUAACAGACAUUUUACUGUUGUCCGAUGUAUUCGAAAAUUUCCGUGACAUUUGUUUAAAAACAUUUAAUUUGGAUGCAUCGUAUUAUUUAACUGCACCAAGUUUCGCUUUUGACGCAAUGCUGCGAUUUACAAAAGUUGAACUCGAGAGGUUAAAAGACUACACCAUGUUAUUAAUGAUUGAGGACGGAAUUCGAGGAGGUAUUUGCCAGUCAGUAAGACGAUAUGCUAAAGCAAAUUUGCCGAAUGUGGACGGGUAUGAUGAAGAAAAACCUAAUGUAUAUUUAUCCUAUUUUGAUUGUGUAAAUUUAUAUGGGAAAUCAAUGCUUGCUAGUUUACCAUAUAAAGACUUUGAAUGGUAUAGUGAUUUUUCAUUAAAUAUUAUGAUGAUAGACGAUAAUGGUCCGUAUGGGUUUAUAUUAGAAGUGGACGUGGAUUAUCCUGAAAACAUUCAUGAUGCACAUAGUGAUUUACCAUUUUUACCACAAAAUUCGUGUCCACCUAAUUCAAAAGUUAAAAAGCUUCUUACGACUUUACAUCAUAAAAAAAAUUAUGUGGCACAUUAUAGAACAUUAAAACAAGCGGUGAAUAAUGGGUUAAAAAUAAUUAAAAUACAUAGAGUAAUUAGAUUUAAGCAAUCAAAAUGGAUGUUACCAUACGUAAUGAAAUGUACAAGUAUGAGAGUGAAGGCCAAUAACGAAUUUGAACGUCAAUUUUGGAAAUUGAUGGUAAAUAGCGUUUACGGAAAAUGUAUGGAGAAUCCACGGAAAAGAAUGGAAAUAAAAUUAGUUACAAGCGACAAAAUGGCUUGUAGAUAUCUCAUAAAACCAAAUUUUAAAGAUCGCACAAUUUACUCUAAUAACCUAAUGGCGAUUCAUGUUUAAAGGAAAAAUUAAAUUUGAUAAACC